CCCGGCCCAGACCCCGGGGACUCCUUCUACGCGGUUCCGUGUGUCCCAGCCACCGCCACGACUACCGAGGCGUUCAGUACACUCCAGCGUACGGUUACCUCCCCUACCACCUCCUCGACGGACCACAAUGCCCACACACUAUACCCGCACUGUCCUCUUGCUAUGUCUCUCCUUGCUGACCUCUCUUGCGACGGCACACAUGAUUGAGGUCCCAGCGGGCAAGAAGGAAUGUUUCUUCGAGGACCUCCAUGUCAACGACAAAAUGACAGUGACAUAUCAGGUCGGAGGGGGCGGCCACCUCGACAUUGACUUCUGGUUGCAAGAUCCAGACCACAACGCUUUGGCGAACCAUGAAAGGCACAGCACCGGGACUGUUUCAAUAACAGCAAGAAAGGAUGGAAGGCACGAGUAUUGCCUCUCCAAUUUGAUGAGCACAGUAGUGGACAAGCUCGUGAGCUUCAAUGUCCACGGUGUAAUCUAUGUGGAUGACGAUGACACCGUCGCACCGAUCGAGCGUGAAAUCCGACAACUAGCCCACGGGCUGACCGCAGUGAAGGACGAGCAGGAGUACAUCGUCAUCCGGGAGCGGAGACACCGCAACACCGCCGAGUCAACGAACUCACGCGUGAAGUGGUGGUCUAUAUUCCAGGCUAUGGUGUUGAUCGCUGUUGUCGUGUGGCAGGUGUACUAUUUGAAGUCAUUCUUCGAGGUCAAACGUGCAUUCUAGUACAUCGGGGUAUUCACUCCAGCAUUGGACUUGUUGAGACCGUAGGUCUCGAGGCAAUCCAUCCACGCAUGUUGUAAUCGCCAAUGGUGCCAAGCGACCAUAUCCUCUCCACUCACGGUAGGCAUGAUGCGUGUUCCAGCUCGCUCCGCAGUGAGGUUUUGGGCCGUGCAUCGUAUGGUGCACGUUCAGCACCGCAUUUGGACUGAUUUGAACAUCACCGCAAGCUGCUUAAUCAAUGACCACUUGGGUAGGUGCGCCUGUCACUGACACUGAGCCAAGCCACCUCACCUAGGCUAGACCAGGUUUCCUUUGUCUUCCC